ACAUUACAGUUUACAACAAAGAUAAGUACCUAGUGAUAUUUUCAAACUAACCUUAGUCGCUCACUCAGCAUUCUCUUUACUCACUCCAGUCGCUCACUCAGCAUUCUCUACAUCUAACUACAGUCCUUCUUUACCAUGAAGUUUUCUUCUCUUUUGAUUACCCUUGCAUCUUUAUAUUUGCUUCCAACCGCAAUUGCCGCCCCAGCAAACGGUAAACGUGACGACGACGAUGACGUCGUGGUUGUUCGUGUUAAACAAACUGUUCAAAAUGUCAUAACUGACACCCAGACAGUUCAAGGUGUGAUGUCUACCAAGACAAACAUUCAUGUGGAUACAACUACUACUACCUUUACACACUACACAGCUACUGUCACAUCGACGGUAUUUGGUACCCCAAUGACAUAUACCACAGUCUUGGAUGUUCCAGUUGAUUCAGCAGUAGCAGACAUUAUUACUUCAAGUACUAUUAAUGAAGAUACCCCUGCCAAUGUACCAGAAACAACCACUUCAACUCCAACACCUGCUACAACUGAAACCACACCUGCCACGACCGAAACCACUCCCGUCACGACCGAAACCACUCCUGCUACAACGGAAACCACACCUGCCACAACGGAAAAUACACCAACUACCACACAAGCCGACCCGGUUACAACACCAACCACCGCUCAAGCUUCCACUCCACAAACCACAGAAGAAGUACCAACUUCUACUGUAGUGGAGACUACCGAAACUGGCACUACGGACGGUCCAACUAUCACUAAUGCCGCCAGUAUUCCAACAUCAGCUGGAUCAUGGAUACUUGAAAACGUAUCAACAUACACAUCAGAUGGUGUUUGUGUUGUGAACUACGAUUACUAUGACGAUGAGGAUAUUGAAACCGUUACUCUGACUUCAACCGUGUAUACCACUAUCACUAGAAGUUAAAUGGUCACCAAUGUGUAUUCUGAUGGAGGUUGCAAGACAAAUAUAAAGACAAGGUUGCUUUCUCUCUAUUCAUUUCUCUACAUUUUCUUCUACUCUUCCCUUAUUCUUUUUUUGCCAAAUCAAGCGAAUUAUGUUUAUCAUCACUAGGGAAACACAAUAUCAAAGUAUGGCU